UGUCCCCGCUGCACCUUCCUGGCUUGCCUCAUACUCGCCUCCAAGUUUAUGCAAGAUCGUUCGCAGUCCAAUCGUGCGUGGGUGAAGCUUGCACGUCUUCCUCCACGGGAAAUCGGGCGCUGCGAAUGCGCGCUCGGGGAAGCUCUCGAGUGGCGCCUCUGG